UAGUAGUAAAUCUGCAAUACAUCGUCACUUUGGCCUAGUCGGAUGGUAUUAGCAGCGUCUACGUUUUUAAAAGAUUAUGGCUAACUGCGAAUCCGGUGUUUUUCAGGAGAUUUGGUGCCGUAUAUACGGCUAUUUUCCAAAAUGCAUACGAUUGGAAAGGAUUUCGUAGCUAUAGUGACCGGUGGUGCUUCCGGUCUGGGUAGAGGAGCCGCGGAAUUUCUCGCAGGCAAAGGAGCAACGGUGUUUGUCCUCGAUCUGCCCGACGCCAUUUCCAAAUGGGCAACAGACAAGGACAACAUUUGUUUGCGGGCUGCGGAUGUUACAAGUGAGGAACAAGUAACGGCAGUGAUCGACGAAAUCCGCAGCAAACACAACCGGCUGGACUGCGUUGUGACCUCUGCUGGAAUACCGGUAACGGGUAUUCUAACGUACGAUGCCAAAACGAACACACCACACCCGAUGGAAGAUUUCAUAAGAUGCUACAACGUGAACGUUUUCGGUACGUUCAACGUCAUCCGUUUGUCCGUGGCGCUGAUGAGAGAAACACAGACGCGACAAAAUAAAGAAGGACCCGCUGUCAUCAUCACAGUCUCCAGCCGUACCAUGGUUGAUCCACCGGCCGAGCAUGUUGCGUAUUCAUCCGGGAAGGCGGCCAUUGCCGGGAUGACCGUGCCGCUGGCUCGCGAAUUAUCGGAGUUUGGAAUACGUGUCGUGGAUAUUGCACCAGGUCCCAUGUUGACGCCCAUUUUAUUUCGUGAUGGAGCCGGUGUUAUUGCUCGGGAAUCUAUGCGAUCGAUGAUGUUCCCGGUGCGCCCGGGUACACCGGAAGAGUUCGCCGAUCUGGUGCGCUUUAUCAUUGAAAAUCCCUUCAUCAACGCGACGACAGUAUUUUUUGACGGAGGCUACAGGAAUCCGGCUGGUUCCACGUAUCGUUAUUCUAGGGAAGAAUAGACUGCCAUAACUGCAAGCAUUGAGAGUGUGCAGUGCAUUGUGCAUUUAAAUGGUUAGAAUAUAUAAAUGAAAACUCUGUAAUUUUUACAACUCUCCGUCAGGUUUGCCAGUGCAUACUAACAUGUACUGCUCUAGUAUGUCUACAUACAGAGUAGUUCCGAUGUAUUUCGCUAUCGGUACCGCUAGUGUGAUAGUCUACUUGCAGUACUACUGUACUACCGCAUGUGCAAUGAAUGAUCUGCUCAGACGUGGAGUUGUGAAUUAAACGUGA